AUGGCCCAUUACGGAGUCCAUGCGGAGCUCCUCGAGUUCUGUGACGAGUUCUUCCCUAAGCCAACCCCAUCCUGUACUACUAGACCGAAACCCACCCUGGAUGGUAAUCCAUUCGCCGCUCUCAGGAACGCCGAGAAGCUAUUGGAGAAGAAUGUUCGAGCCGCAUUUACCGCCGCCGUCAAUGUCCACGGUCUUGCUCCAGGACUGAAGAUGGCCGAGUGCGGAGAGCGGCCGGAUCCCGCCGCCAUCGAUCCCGAAAGGAAGAAGAUCGAUGCUGCCUUCUACAAUGUUGAUGACGUCCCGGACGAUGGUCGACAGCGCUGGGCCGAUCAGAUUCUGUCGGUAGAAUUCAAGCGCGACGACGUCUCCUUGGACCCCUUCGACGACGACGAAGAGAACAUUAGCACUCCCACUCUGACUCGCAAGGCCGUCCGCGGUCAAAUCAUAUCGUACGCCGAGCUCAUCUUCGCCGUCCAGCAGCGCGUGGCUCUCUUCACGCUCGUCGUCCUCGGCACUCGAGUCCGCUUCGUCCGCUGGGACCGUUCUGGUACGGUGGUUACGAGAGCCUUCGACUAUGUCCAGAACUGGGAAGUGUUUUGCGAGAUCCUGUGGCGUAUCGGCAACUGCACGAUGACGCAGCUCGGCUUCGAUCCCAGCGCAACCCGAUUGUACCCUGGCCAAGCGGAAUACGACCUGAUGGACGCCGCUGCCGACAACGUCGAGGGUGACAUCGACGAGACAGAGCGCGUCCUCUCGGGACCCGAGCUCCCAAAUGGCCACUUCAAGUAUGUCCGGGAGAUGUUCAAGAAGUCUUUGGUCGAUGGCUGGCCGCGUUAUAUGCUCGAGGUGCCCGCUCCGGUCGAGGCAGCCACCACUGCAACGACUGCCACUCCUGCGCGUCACUCGGAUUCGUAUCCCAAAGUUGACCGGCCGGUGCGCAAGUUCCUUGUCUGCAAGCCUGAAUUCCGGGCAAAGGGCAUGGCAGGCCGUGGGACUCGGGGCUACGUUGCUCUUGACUGUACGACAAAACGGUUCGUGUGGCUCAAAGACGCGUGGCGUGCGAACUACAAGAAGGUGGAUCAAGAGGGCGUGAUGCUCGGUUCGCUCAACUCUGCAGAAGUCCCCUUCGUGCCCACGCUUCUUUGUCAUGGGGAUAUUUUGCAGCAGACGACAGCGACCCCUGACUGGUGGGAACGCAAGAACCCACUACGCUCCCCGACCUCCUCCACAUCCACCUCAUCGUCAGCCACCGCUUCUUCGCAUACUCUGGUCGGGCCUUCAACGUCUGGGAGUCUCAAGAGAAAACAUGUUGAGGAGUCUGCCGGCGCCACGUCAGCGUCACCCCAGGACAUAGACGGGAAUUACGAAGAGAACGAUUGGCGCACGGAUUGCCCCCUACGUCUGCACAUGCACUAUCGUCUCGCGGUGAAGGAGGUUGCCAUGCCCCUUAGUAAGUUCAAGCGUGAUCGCCAGUUGGUUGGCAUCAUCUACGAUUGUCUACGUGCCCACGAGAGCGCUGUCAAGCGCGCAAAACUCCUCCAUCGUGAUAUCAGUGCUGGAAACAUCCUGAUCUAUCCAACGGUGGUCAAGUCGCCUGGAAAAUACUGGCUGAAGUGGUCCGGACUCCUGGCUGACUGGGAGCUGUCGAGGGCAGUCCAUGAGCCCGACACUCCGAGGCGCCCUCGCCAACCAGAGCGCACGGGUACCUGGCAAUUCAUGUCUGUGGCUCUGCUCUCACAUGGUCUGAAAAUCGUUGGAGUCGCGGACGAACUCGAGUCAUUCUUCCACGUGCUGUUGUACUAUGCUGUCCGGUAUCUUAAGGUCAAGGACUGUGACCUUCCCACGAUAGCCGGCUACCUCUACGCCUACUUCGACCUCUACGGUGUCGACAAUGGGGUGUACGUUUGCGGGGACAAGAAGCGCCAAACGAUCACCGAAGGCCGACUUACCGUCAGCGUUAACAAGAAGUUGGAGUUUGGAAGCCCUCUGGACACCUUGUUUUCCCAGCUGUUGUCGUGCUUCAGAGCACGCUAUGCCGUGCUCGCAAAAGAAGCGGAGAAGCCUGCUACGUCGCCUCUGGAAUCCGAGACGCAAGCUCCUUCCGAUGACAUUGGCGCCAUACUAGACGAGCAGAUGGCAUUCAUCUACACCAACAACUUGGGAAAGGAGAAACUCCCCGUGGUCGAGGCGGAGCCGGGGCUUGAUCACAAGACUAUAGCCCUAGCUGAGCAGCUAUCUGAACACGGAUCCCUGUUGCGCGCGUUUCUUCAGGCGUACGUUUCCGAUGGGUGGCACGGUGCACGCGUCGAGGACAACAUCCCGGACUGGUGGGCGCCCCCAAAGCAGGCUGUGCUGGCCGUCGCGGACACAUCGGCCGCAAGCAAUAAGAGACGCAAGGUUGGACCGCCGCCACCCGACAUCAAUGUGCAGAAGUACUUGUCUUGUCCCCAGCUCCCUCUAUAUUCUCCGACAUACCCUCCCGUUACGCCCAAGAAACCUCGCGCACCUGAGACUACGUGGAACAGGAGAAAUGACUAG